CUCCUCUCCGUCUUCUCUGCAGUGCCCUGCAAGCUGUUGUCACCCUCCUGCUCUGCGGGCAGCUUUUCGCGGUGGAAGUCAGCGUCGAGCCCACAACUGCCACAGAUGACAGCUGCUUAAAGCCCCCCGAGAUUGCCAAUGGCUACCUGGAACACUGGGUUCGCUAUCAGUGUAAAACCCACUACACACUACGCGCUGGAGAUGGAGUGUACACCUUAAACAGGGAGAAGCAGUGGAUAAAUAAGGACCUUGGAGAGCAACUCCCCGAGUGCGAAGCAGUAUGCGGAAAGCCCAAGCAUCCAGUGGUUCAGGUGCAAAGGAUCAUUGGUGGCUCACUGGAUGCCAAAGGCAGCUUUCCCUGGCAGGCUAAGAUGGUCUCCCACCAUAAUCUCACCUCGGGGGCCACGCUGAUCAAUGAACAAUGGCUGCUGACCACAGCUACAAAUCUCUUCUUGGGUCAUGAUAAUAAAACAAAAGCAAAAGACAUUGCUCCUACUUUAAGACUCUACGUGGGGAGGAAGCAGCUUGUGGAGAUUGAGAAGGUGCUUCUCCACCCUGACUACUCCAAGGUAGACAUUGGGCUCAUCAAACUCAGAGAGAAGGUGCCCAUUGAUGAGACAGUAAUGCCCAUCUGCCUGCCUUCGAAAGAUUAUGCGGAAGUGGGGCGUGUGGGUUAUGUGUCUGGCUGGGGGCGAAAUGCCAACUUCGUUUUUCCUGAGCAUCUGAAGUACGUCAUGCUGCCAGUGGCUGACCAAGACAAUUGUGUAAAGCACUACGAAGGCAGCACAGUACCCGAAAAGAAGACACCAAAGAGCCCCGUAGGGGUGCAGCCGAUACUGAAUGAGCACACCUUCUGUGCUGGCUUGUCCAAGUAUCAGGAAGACACCUGCUACGGCGAUGCCGGCAGCGCCUUUGCCGUUCACGACGAGGCUGAUGACACCUGGUAUGCGGCUGGGAUCCUGAGCUUUGACAAGAGCUGCGCUACUGCCGAGUAUGGUGUGUAUGUGAAGGUGUCCUCCAUUCUGGACUGGGUUCAGAAAACCAUAGCUGACAACUAAUGCAAGGCUGGCUGGAAGCCUUUGCCUGAAAGGCCGAGGGAAAGCUGGACAGGAGCAGAGGGGACAAAAACGUGGUAUUGAAGCUGACGGGUUCCAGCCCUGCAUUACUGAGUUGAUCAAUAAAGAGCUUCCUUUGACUCAUUUCUGUGCUGCUUUUAGCCUUGGGCCUUUUAAAAUUCUC